AAUCUAAUUUAAUUCCUUUAGUCAAGUCAAAGAUGAGAUUUUUCAAAUACUGCUGCUGAAACGAGAGCUAUAAGUUCAGUCAGCCAAACCAAACUUGAAUCUGAUCAAGAACACAACAACAAGAGCUAGCCAUAUGGGAGAAGGAGAAGAAUCAGUGAAGUUAAUUGGAGCUUGGCCUAGUCCAUACAGCUAUAGAGUUAUCAUGGCAUUAGAAUUAAAAGGUAUCAAGUAUGGAUACAUCAAUGAAAAUCUCCACAAGAAGAGUGAAAUGCUGCUGAAAUACAACCCAAUUCACAAAAAGAUACCGGUUCUUGUUCAUGGAGGGAAAACCAUUUGCGAGUCCAUGAUUAUACUCGAAUACAUCGACGAAACAUGGCCGGAGAAAUACCCAUUACUGCCAAAAGAUCCUUAUGAAAGAUCUGUUGCGCGGUUUUGGAUUAAACUCAUUGAAGAAAAGGGUACAUCAAGCCUUUUUAAUUUUUUUUACAAAUCAGGGGAAGAACAUGAGAUAGCAAAGAAACAACUGUUGGAAAUUCUCGAAACUACAGAAAAACACAGUGGAAUUGGGGAUGAGAAUAAGAAGUUCUUUGGAGGUGAUAAUGUAAAUGCCGUUGACUUGGCAUUUUCAUCUUUGGCACAUUGGUUGGGAGCUGUAGAAGAAGUGAUAGGAGUUAAGGUUCUUGAAGCAAAUAAACUCCCUAUAUUUUAUCAAUGGACUGAAAGGUUUAAACAAGUUCCUGUGAUUAAUGAGAAUCUUCCAAGCUACAAUGAAUUGCUGAAUGUUUUCAAAGGUAUCAAGGAGCAGCUGACACAACCUCAACACGAAUGAGACAGCGGGAGGUUAAUUAUCAAUCCAGGCAUCCUGCACCUAGACGAGUUAUCUUUCUGUAAUAUCAAUAUGAGCUUAUUUGCUUUGCUAUUAGUAGUUGCAUCCUGAAUGCAUGUAUGUUUUCGUAUUUUUAGUUGUAACAGCUGCCUGCUUCAUUAAUUGUGUCUGUGUUCAGUCACUAUUAACUGUUCUUGAUACAUGUAAUUGUGCUUCAAUAAGAAAUGCAUUCUAGUGCUAAGGCUUCUUCAAA